UGUGUCCAUUGUGAAACAGGGCGGGUAUGUUAGUCCUGUUGACGCCGCUGGAGUACUUGCUAGCUUCGCUGCUGUACAGGAAAGAAGCGAUGAGCUUGUUCACAUCUGCACGCAGCUAUUGGCCGCCCACUGCGAUGCUCUUGACGGGGCAACCUUGGUGCAGACUCUUUGGGCCUGCACUGUGCUCAACGUGCGGAAUGAAGCCCAGCAGUCCCUGAUGGAGUACGCCAAGGGCGAUGCGUCAAGGAUCCCCAGCGAGGAAGCAGCAGCGAGGCAGUCGAGGCAGGCUCUUGAGCGUCUUCAAUACGUAAAGAAGGCCUAUGGCUUGGCAGGGCCGCAGCCGCAGGGAUCUUUGUAA